GGCCCCCAAAAGUGGCGACAAGCGCCUCUGCUUCCAUUUCGAAGCCAAGCAUUUGAUUGCGAUUCCUCCAGAGGAUAUAUAGACGCAUUGAAGUCCAAUUCUGCCCACCAUGAGCUCCUUUGGCGCCAAGAAGAAGGCGCGCAUCAUCCACACGUUUGACGACGACGGAGACGAUCUGAGCAGCUCAGCGCCCAAUACCAGCGACGAAACGCAGAGCGACCGUAAGUUGUCGACUGUCACUGCACCAGCCUCUCUCAAUAGCCCUCCGUUGCUGAUGAUGAUCGGUCCAACAAAGAGCGAGCAAGCUGAUGCGCUGCCGGCAGAGCCAGCGCCUUUAGGGCGUAUCAAGUUUGGGCGCAAUAAGCCUGCGAAGUCCUCGGCACUGCGCAAGAGUAUCAACAUCAACGAUGACGAAAGCCAGGAGGGACCAGCGUCUGAGCCCGCUACUAUAGCCCGCGGCGACGACGGCGAUGAUGACGAUGGUUCUGGCGGCCCCGUUGUGAUACGCCCAACCGCGAGCCGCUCGGGCUCGGCAAAGUUCAAGAAACGACCCGCGGCGUCCCGCUCCUCGUUUCGUCCCGGCGAGGGCACAGCGGACGAGGACGACGACAACACGGAGGUAGGAGGAGCGGUCACGAAACCCGCCCCAAAAAAGCCUCUCGGCCGACGGCUGCUCGAAAACAAUGCGCUUCGCAAGUCGGCGUCCCUCCCAAGCCUAUCGGGUGACCGUAAUCUCCCCAUCCGCUUCGGUGGCCAGGAAGAAGCACCAAAAUACAGCAAAGAAUACCUCGAGGAACUACAGAGCGCAACUCCCGUCGCGCCGCAAAACCUGGCGGAAUUACAUCUCCACGAUGACGGGGACGAGAUGUCGCUCGACCCGUCCGAGCUGGAGGGAGCGCUGGUCGUUCCAGCCACAGAGGUCGCGGCUCCAUCGACAGGAUCAGGCUCGACACCGAGAAUCCUCACCGAGGCCGAGAUACGCGAGCGCAAGGAACGGCGGGCGCGGCUCGCCAGGGAGGCGGAAUUUAUCUCGUUGGAUGACGGAUCCGAAGACGAGCGGGCGGCCCAGAGCAGCCGGGUUACGGUGAAUUUUGGAAAGAAGAAGUCGGAAUCCCGAUUGAUAGCCGAGGAUGAGGACCUCGGCGAGGGCUAUGACGAGUUCGUGUCCGAUGGCAGGUUGGCACUGGGCAAGAAGGCCGAGCGCGAGGCAGCACGGCGUCACCGGAAGGAGAUUGCCGAGUUGAUUCAGGCAGCAGAGGAUGGAUCCGAGGCCGAGAGCGACGACAGCGAAGCCGAACGGAGGGCUGCGUACGAGGCGGCGCAGCGACGGGCCGGGCUGGACGGGCUUCACCGGCCCGACGAGGACCACGACAUGGGUGGUGUCGUUGGGCCGGAUGCGGUCCCGCGGAUGAAGCCGCUGCCCAAGCUGAACGAGGUGCUUCAGCGGAUGCGCGACAUCGUCCAGGAGCUGGAGAACGAGGUGGCACGGAAGCGGACGAGGAUAGGGGACCUCAAAAGGGAGAAGGAAGAGAUACUCGCCCGGGAGAAGGAGGUCCAGGAGAUCUUAAAUCAGGCUGGGGCCAAGUACCAGGCCGCGGUCGCGAAUGCGGGCGGGAACGUGGGUGACGUCGCGAAGAUGGUGAUCCAGUCACCACUCAGACCACUCCCACCGGGGAUUUCGGGGGAACUACCCGUGGAGCGAGGGCUGGAAAGCUUCGGCGCGACACCAAUCAGGCGGGACGACACCGAAAUGGCGUGAAUGGUUCUCGGUGUCCCCUGUACUUGUGCUGUUCAAGUUCAACGGUGACCCCUCGUCUACAAAUAUUAAGAGUCAAAGCCAUGUUCGUUACGCCCUGCUUGAGAAGCAUCCAACAUAGCCCAAGUAACAUUUGUGAUCUGAGCGUCUACCUAGAGUGACGAAUCCAAC